CAAAAAGCAAGGCAUAUGCAGGUUAAUAGUUUUUUUUCCACAGCCUAACCGGCAGAAAUGGGGACAGAGAGCAGCAGCAAACACUCAUAAUUGAACAUAAAUCUGAAAAGUCUUUGAUCGGAAUUAUAUUGUCUUUACAUUUCACACUUUGAUCUGGAAUAAGUUGAUGGAUUUCCAACAAAGGAGGGCAGUGUGCUGGAGGACUGAGGGCUGCAGGCUUUCACAGCUGCGGUGGAGGUUUACGGACAAAGCAAGACGUGAACAAUGACAGGAAAACUCAGGAACGCACCUUUAGAAUUCCCUCUCUUCGAGAUAUCACCCUGGAUGUUUUCACUACAACAUCAGGCCCUUUGAGAAGAGGAGCACUGACCCCAGAGACGGGACAGUCCACUGAAGAUGUCUGACCUCAGCCAAGUUGCUGUAUACUCAGACAGCACAGAUAUUUACAAGAAUGUGUUCUGCAACCCCGCCUUCGAGCUCGAGGGGGAGAAAGAGGAAAGGGUGGAGGGAUUCAGGACGUCCUCAUCAACUCCUGAACCAAUCAAACCACCAGCAGCGAGCCUUGGCUGGGGUCUGUUGGGGGUCUGUGUGACGCGUCUGCGGGGGCCGGGCCGUAGCUGGGGGGUGGUGGUGGUCUCUGCCGCCGCCCUGCUCCUGUUGGCAGCCAUCGGACUGGCGCUGGCCCUCAUUCUCACACAGAUAAAAGGCCAAGCCGUGGAGGAUCAGAUGCUGUCCACCAGCAAUCCAGACGCACAGAGUGCAGGAGACGGAACGUCCCAUGCUUUACCAACAGUCUCAACAAACGGAGGUCAAGAGGACAUCACAGCUGCACCCCAGCCUGCCAGAAUCCCCCCGUCCGACACAAGUUGCGGAGGUGUUCUGACCGACUCCGAAGGCAGUUUCAGUUCCCCGAACCACCCCGGCUCCUACCCCCCCAACUCACUGUGUGUGUGGGUGAUACGGGUCCCACCCCCCUCCCUGGUCCAGAUUCAUAUUUCCUCUCUGACGGUGGAGGGACCAUCUCCUUGUCUGUUUGACUGGCUGGAGGUCCAGGAGCAGAUCGAGCGGACGUCUGUGGUCACCAGGUUCUGUGGAAACGUGGCUCCUCCAACAGUCAACACAAACAGCAGCACGGUGUGGGUCACCUUCCGCUCCGACGGCAGCAUCGCAGGCAACGGCUUCACAGCUCAGUACAGGGCCGUGCAGCCUGGACACAAGAGCUGCUCCAGAGAGGAGUUCAUGUGUGACGGCGGUCGCUGUCUGCUGCCUGUGUCCUUGUGCGACGGUCAUCCUAACUGUCGCGACCAAACGGAUGAGGCAAACUGCAGCAAGAAACAUAACGAAUGUGGAGGGCAGAAGUUUGGGCCGUACGGUUACGUUGAAAGUCCGAACCACCCCAGGCCUUAUCCUCACCAGCAGUUGUGUAUUUGGCACAUAUCUGUCGACGAGGGUCGCGUCAUCACACUGAGCUUCAGAAACUUCAGCCUCGAGACUCAGGACGUGUGCGAGUUUGACUACGUGGAGGUGCACGACAGCGUGAGCACAGGAGCUGGGAGGGUGCUGGGACGGUUUUGUGGCACCACCCACCCUCCUGACCUGACCUCCUCCGGCCCCCACAUGACUGUGGUGUUUGUGGCCGAUGAGGGAGUGGCCGACAGCGGCUUCAACGCAACAUACCAGGCUGUGUCUGUACUGGACAGGACAUGCGAUCCCAGCCAGUUUGCCUGCAGCACAGGCGAGUGUCUUCAGCAGCAGUGGCUGUGCGACGGAUGGAACGACUGUCCCGACGGAGAAGACGAACAGCGCUGUGGCAACUCCACCUACCCUCCCUUCGCUUCAUCCUGCGAGUUCAUAGAGGAGGAGAUGUGUCAGGGACUCAGCUACAACCUCACCUCCUUCCCCAACAUCUGGCUGUCCAUUGCUGACCAGGCAGAAGCUGCCACCCUCCUACGACAGUAUCGGGUGCUGAUGGAGCUGGCGUGCUUCGAGCCUCUGCAGAGGCUUGUGUGUGGGAUGUUUUUUCCCCUGUGCAGCCCUCAGGGCGGCGUCCUGCAGCCCUGCCGCUUGGUCUGCUCCUCGGCCGAGCAGCAGUGCAGCCAGGCCCUGGAUCUCUUCUCCUUCAGCUGGCCCUUCAACUGCCACCUUCUACCCGACUCGCAGGACCCCCUGGAGUGUUCGCUGCCGUAAAGCUUUAACAGUUACAACACAUUUGAGUUGCGAUAUUAGUGCGAGAGAUCCAGGAAAACACAGAUUUGCAGCCAAGUAUUCAAGGACUGGAUGGACACAUAAUGCAUGUGCUGAAUACAUUGGACUUGAAGUUACACCUUUGAAAUAGAUGUUAUGGAUAUGAUAUGGUUUUAAGUGGUCAUUCAGUGGCUUUCUGAUUGGUCCGCUGACCACCAAUCAGACAAAUCCUUCCCCUUCUCAGCUUAGACAAACAAUGGCCAUGUGGGCACUCUCUCCUAUAGACGAAUAAUGAACCAGCAGCAUAAAAGUUGUAAUUGUGACUCUUUAAAAAAACAAAAAAUAAACAAAAAAAAAUAAAACAUACAGUCAACGAGUAUAGGCACAGUGUAGACAAUAAAUACAUAUGUGAACUGGAAACUAGUGGCUGGACUACUUAUUUUUCCAAUGCCUGCCAACAUUAGCGUAGUUGCUAACAUUAGCACAUGUAUUUUUAUUGCAGGGUUUUCAAUGUUUUUCUAUGGGAAUGAACUGUUUGUUGCAUGUCUACUGUUUGUCUAACAUUGAACCAGUACUGUAGGAUGUCAUGACACGAUAAAGGGCAGGAACCCUCUGGGUGGUGGUCAGCAGACCAAUCAGAAGGGAAGCAUGAGAAAGUUUUUAAUCUCCAAUAGGAAUCAAAGUGUACACCGAGUUGUCCUUUUGCAUUAUUUAUUGCUUCAGUGUCAAUCAUGUAAAACAGUAAACUGAUUUAACAAUAAAGAGAGAAUACUUUCAACA